CUAUCUUGAACUGCAACAACUUCACAAGACACGGAUCUUCAUGUCGAAAUGGGCUCCAAAACAUUCGAAGGAGAGAGCAAGAAUGGCGGUAAUGGCCCGUCCAACACCGCAAAGCCUAAUGCCGGUGGGGAGCCGCGAGGAGUCCACCUGUCCCGGGACGGUGAUGGCAGUCUUGGGGAGGGAGAUGGAGACGAAGAUGGCGAUGGCGACAAUAAAGCCUGCGCUGCUACCUUGUCGCUGACGCAACAGCUUGCCUCAGAAACCACCUGUAAGAAGAAGAAACGAAGAAAGCCCAAGAAGAAGACCCCAAAGACCCAGUCGUCACCGCCCCGUGUCCCGUUGGGUGACCUCUUCCCUACGGGCCAGUUCCCGGUCGGUGAGAUUCAUAAUUACGAGUCCGUGGUCGAGGGCACGGCUCGCGUGACGGCCGAGGAAAUUCGAUACGAGUCCCGUUGUUACCUUCGGGACGACAGUGUCCUCAACGACUAUCGCAAAGCCGCAGAGAUACACCGCCAGGUCCGACGCUGGACGCAGGAGACUGCCCGGCCCGGACAGACCCUCACAGAGAUUGCCGUCGGCAUUGAGGAUGGUGUGAGAGCGCUACUGGAUAAUGCUGGCCUUGAACCGGGCCAGUGUCUCCAGUCGGGCAUGGGAUUCCCCACGGGGCUCGCUCUGAACGAUUGUGUUGCACAUUACACGCCCAAUCCUGGCCAGAAGGAGAUUGUCUUGCAAGCGAGCGAUGUGAUGAAGGUUGACUUCGGCGUUCAUAUAAAUGGCUGGAUUGUUGACAGUGCGUUUACAAUGUCUUUUGACCCAAUCUAUGACAAUCUGCUUGCCGCCGUGAAGGCCGCUACGAACACUGGUAUCAAGAAUGCUGGAGUUGACGUUCGUAUUAGCGAUGUCAGCGCUGCCAUCCAGGAGGUGAUGGAAAGCUAUGAGGUUGAGAUAAACGGUAAAGUGUACCCCGUGAAGCCGGUGCGAGACAUAAGCGGGCAUGAUAUCAAGCGGUAUCAGAUCCACGGUGGGAAAUCGAUCCCGUUUGUGAAAAAUUCUAGUCAAGUAAAGAUGGAAGAGGGGGAGAUCUUUGCCAUCGAAACAUUUGGAUCGACGGGGCGUGGUUCUACAGUCGAUGGCUUUGGUACCUAUGGAUAUGGGAGAAACCCAGACGCGCCCAAGAGGGUGACGUCACCUCUCGCCUCGGCCCGAUCCUUAUACAAGACGAUCAAUGAGAAUUUUGGCUCAAUUGUUUUCUGUCGCCGCUACCUCGAACGGCUUGGCGUCGAUCGUUAUUUGGCCGGCAUGAACAGUCUCGUGAAAAAUGGAAUUGUCGAGGAAUACUUGCCUAUGAUGGACGUGAAGGGGUCGUACUCGGCCCAGUUUGAACAUACGAUUCUGUUGCGAGAGUCAUGCAAAGAAGUGAUCAGUCGCGGAGACGAUUAUUGACACCUGACAUCUGUGAUAUCGAUAUCUGUCCUUUUGACUCUCUGGUUUUGACGCCAUCCAACAUGGCCCAUGUCCAACAUUCGUUUACAAUCUACAUUCGUGUCC